AUGCAUCCCUCUGAUCAGGGGGAAUCUUCUGACCAAUCACAUACUAGGAGUGCAAAUGUCCAUUUAGGAUCUCACAUUGCAGAGAGAUCAACAGAUCCAUCUAAUCCCGAGACAGCUUCCGCACCCCAUGAAGGAGCUCACCGAGGGGACAAUCUAUUCUCAUGUUCAGAGUGCGGGAAAUGUUUCAAUAAGAAAGGAAAUUUAAUUCAGCACCAGAGAGUUCACACGGGUGAGCGCCCCUAUUCUUGUUCAGAGUGCGGGAAAUCUUUCACCCAGAAAAAUCGUCUUGUUAGACAUCAAAGAAUACACACAGGUGAGCGUCCUUAUUCAUGUUCAGAGUGCGGGAAAUCCUUCACUCAAAAAAGAGAACUUCUUAAGCAUCAGAGAGUACACACAGGAGAGCGUCCUUAUUCAUGUUCAGAGUGCAGGAAAUCUUUUCUUCGGAAAGGAGGCCUUGUUAGACAUCAGCGAGUUCACACAGGGGAGCGUCCUUAUUCAUGUUCAGAGUGCGAAAAAUCUUUCACUCAAAAAGCAGGCCUUCUUAAACAUCAGAGGGUUCACACGGGUGAGCAUCCUUAUUUGUGUUCAGAGUGCGGGAAAUCUUUCAGUCAUAAAGAAAACCUGGUUAAACAUCUGAGAAUUCACAUUGGCGAGCAUCCUUUUUCAUGUUUGCAGUGCGGGAAAGUUUUCACUCAGAAAGGGAACCUUGUACAGCAUCAAAGAUUUCACACAGGUGAGCAUCCUUAUUCAUGCUCAGAGUGCGGGAAAUCUUUCACUCAGAAAGGAGACCUUGUUAAACAUCAGAGAAUUCACACAGGUGGUGAGCGUCCUUAUUUAUGUUCAGAGUGCGGGAAAUCUUUCUCUUAUAAAGGAGACCUUGUCCUGCAUCAGAGAAUCCACACUGGGAAACGACCUUAUAGUUGUUCAGAGUGCGGGAAAUCUUUCACCUGUAAAGGUGGCCUUGUUAAACACCAGAGAAUUCAUAUGGGUGAACGUCCUUAUUCAUGCUCAGAGUGUGGGAAAUGUUUCAUUCAUAAAGGAGACCUUGUUAAACAUCAAAAAAUUCACACGGGUGAGCAUCCAUAUUCAUGUUCAGAGUGCGGGAAAUCUUUCUCUUAUAAAGGAGACCUUGUCCUGCAUCAGAGAAUCCACACUGGUAAACGACCUUAUAGUUGUUCAGAGUGCGCAGAGAGAAUUCACACAGGUGAACGUCCUUAUUCAUGUUCAGAGUGCAGGAAAUCUUUUAUUUGUAAAGGAGAGCUUGUUAAACAUCAGAGAAUUCACACGGGUGAGCGUCCUUAUUCAUGUUCAGAGUGCGGGAAAUCUUUCACUCAUAAAAGAGUCCUUGUUCAGCAUCAAAGAAUUCACACCGGUGAGCAUCCUUACUCAUGUUCAGAGUGUGGGAAAUCUUUCACUCAUAAAGGAGGCCUUGUUUUUCAUCAGAGAAUUCAUACGGGUGAGCGUCCUUAUUCAUGUUCAGAGUGCGGGAAAUCCUUCACUCAUAAAGGAGACCUUAUUAAACAUCAGAGAAUUCACACGGGUGAGCGUCCUUAUUCAUGUUCAGAGUGUGGGAAAUCCUUCACUCAUAAAAGAGGACUUGUUAAACAUCAGAGAAUUCACACAGGUGAACGUCCUUAUUCAUGUUCAGAGUGCGGGAAAUCUUUCAUUCAGAAAGGAGUCCUUGUUAAACAUCAGAGAAUUCACAUGGGUGAACGUCCUUAUUCAUGUUCAGAGUGCGGGAAAUCCUUCCUUAGGAAAGAUAGUCUUAUUGAACAUCAGAGAAUUCACACGGGUGAGCGUCCGUAUUCAUGUUCAGAGUGUGGGAAAUCUUUCACUCAAAGAAGAGACCUUGUUGAACACCAGAGAAUUCACACGGGUGAGCUUCCAUAUUCAUGUUCGGAGUGUGGGAAAUCUUUCACUCAUAAAGGAAAACUUGCUAAACAUCAGAAAAUUCAUACGGGUGUGCGUUCUUAUACGUGUUCAGUGUGCGGGAAAUGUUUCUCUUAUAAAGGAGACCUUGUUCUGCAUCAGAGAAUCCACACGGGUAAACGUCCUUAUACUUGUUCAGAGUGCGGGAAAUCUUUCACUCAAAAAGGAGUCCUUGUUAAACAUCAGAAAAUUCACACAGGUGAUCGUCCUUAUCCAUGUUCAGAGUGCGGGAAAUCUUUUAUUUGUAAAGCAGAACUUGUUAAACACCAGAGAAUUCACACGGGUGAGCGUCCUUAUCCAUGUUCAGAGUGUGGGAAAUCUUACAUUUGUAAAGGAGACCUUGUCCAACAUCAGAGAAUUCACACAGGUGAGAAUCCUUAUUCAUGUUCAGAGUGCGGGAAAUCUUUCACUCAUAAAGGAGUUCUUGUUAUACAUCAGAGAGUUCACACAGGUGAGCGUCCUUAUGCAUGUUCAGAGUGCGGGAAACCCUUCUCUGAUAAAGGAGGCCUUCUUAAACAUCAAAGAAUUCACACAGGUGAACGUCCUUAUUCAUGUUCAGAGUGCAGGAAAUCCUUCACUGAUAAAGGAGACCUUCUUAAACAUCAAAGAAUUCACACAGGUGAGCGUCCUUUUUUAUGUUCAGAGUGUGGGAAAUCCUUCACUGAUAAAGGAGGCCUUGUUAAACAUCAAAGAAUUCACACAGGUGAACGUCCUUAUUCAUGUUCAGAUUGUGGGAAAUCCUUCACUGAUAAAGGAGACCUUCUUAAACAUCAAAUAAUUCACACAGGUGAACGUCCUUAUUCAUGUUCAGAGUGCGGGAAAUCUUUCAAUCAUAAAGAAAACCUUGUUAAACAUCAGAGAAUUCACAUUGGUGAGCGUCCUUAUUCAUGUUCGGAGUGCAGUAAAUCUUUCACUCAGAAAGGAAAACUUAUUCAGCACCAGAGAGUUCACACGGGUGAGCGUCCUUAUUCAUGUUCAGAGUGCGGGAAAUCUUUUACUGACAAAGGAGACCUUGUUAAACAUCAUAGAAUUCACACAGGUGAGCGACCUUAUUCAUGUUCAGAGUGCGGGAAAUCUUUCACUGACAAAGGAGACCUUGUUAAACAUCAUAGAAUUCACACGGGUGAACGUCCUUAUUCAUGUUCAGAGUGUGGGAAAUCUUUCACUCAUAAAGGAGCCUUUGUUGAACAUCAGAGAAUUCACACGGGUGAGCGUCCUUACUCAUGUUCAGAGUGCGGGAAAUCUUUCACUCAUAAAGGAGGCUUUGUUGAACAUCAGAGAAUUCACACAGGCGAGCGUCCUUAUUCAUGUUCAGAGUGCGGGAAAUCUUUCACUCAGAAAGGGAACCUUGCAAAGCACCGAAGAAUUCACACAGGCGAGCGUCCUUAUUCAUGUUCUGAGUGCGGGAAAUCUCUCACUCAGAAAGAAGGCCUUGUUAAACACCAGAGAAUUCACACGGGUGAGCGUCCUUAUUCAUGUUCAGAGUGUGGGAAAUCUUUCAUUCAUAAAGGAGCCCUUGUUAAACACGAGAGAAUUCAUAUGAGUGAGCGUCCUUAUUCAUGUUCUGAGUGCGGGAAAUCUUUCACUCAUAAAGGACACCUUGUUAAACAUCAUAGCAUUCACACGGGUGAGCGUCCAUUUUCAUGUUCAGAGUGCGGGAAAUCUUUCACUAGGAAAGGAAAUCUAGAGCAACACCAGAGAAUUCACAUAGGCGAACUUCCUUCUAUAUGUUCAGAGCCUGGGAAAUAUUCCUAUAGGAAAGACCAUCUUGACAAAUGCCAGGAAAUACAGUGUAGUGUGGAUGGUGGGAGGAGAGCUGUCAGAGAAUGUAGUGUGGAUGGUGGAGGAGAGCUGUCAGAGAAUGCAGUGUGGAUGGUGGAGGAGAGCUGUCAGAGAAUGUAG